AUGGCACUACAUGAUCUGCACACCUUAACCAUUAUUGCUUUACUUUGGCCACUUCUCCUCCAGGUCAUCUAUCGUGCUUUCCGUGCAAUCUCUUCUCAACGCUUCCGCCUGCUUCAUGGAUGCCAGUCUGCGCCAAAAGGUCGCCGCCUUGGGCUUCCGUUUGGCAUCGACCAUCUUGCCAUCCUUUGGCAAGCGGCUCGAAAGAACCGCUUCCUUGAGGCAGUAGACCUUGACUUCCGCUCUAGUGGACGUACCACCAUAAUCCAAAGACACCUCAACCGGCGGACAGUCAUGACCUGUGAGCCGGACAACAUUCGGACUAUUCUGUCCCUCAAAUCAGACGACUACAAUAUUGCGAGUCGUAAAAGAUCGUUCGGUCCCUUGGUUAGUGUAGGGGUCUUAGUUACAGAUGGUGCUGAUUGGGCUCAUUCUCGAGCCAUUACGCGGCGCAGCUUCGGCCGGAGUCAGCUUGCCAAUUUCGAGCCCCUAGAACAAACCUUGCAGGAUCUAGUCUCCCUCUUGCCCCGUGAUGGGGGCACCGUGGAUCUGCAGCCGCUUUUCCUCAGGUAUACACUGGACACCGCGAGCGAGCUUCAGCUGGGCCAGUCAAUACAUAGUCUUCGUCAGAUGGCGGCAUCGGAUGAGAAACCGACCAAAGUUGAUGAAUUCAGGGAGGCCUUGCGUUAUGCCGAAAAGGCCGUUGCGCGUCGGCAUCAGUUCGGGAUCUUGCGGUACUUCUUUCUCGAUCGAAGAACGAGGGAGAGCUAUCGCAUAUGCCAGUCAUUCGUUGACCAAUUAGUCGAGGAGGCCUUGCAGCAGAAGGCCAAACGGGAUAGCAAGAAGUCAUCGUUGGCUUCAGAAUCCUCCCGCGCCAGCUCGCGCCCAUAUGUUCCGUUGUAUGAAUGGCUUGAGCAGACAACCGACCGUUGGCGACUCCGUAGUGAGGUCAUGACCAUGCUGUUGACAGGCGGGGACACUACAGCCUCCCUGCUCAGUAACCUGUUUUCCAUGCUGGCGCGACACCCGACAGUGUGGCAGAAGCUGCAGGCGGAGAUCUCGUCCACACUCCAGGGUCGGCAGCCAACCUACGAGGAGCUACCGCGCUUGCAGUACUUGCGAUACUGCAUUAAUGAAGCUCUUCGACUUAUGCCCGCGAUCCCGCUUGUUGACCGCGUGGCCAAACGGGACACAGUGCUUCCGGUCGGUGGUGGUCCUGAUGGACAGUCUCCUCUUUUGGUGCCCCAGGGCUCCCAGAUGGUAUGCACUAUGUACUCCCUCCAUCACCGAGUGGACUAUUUUGGAUCGGAUGCCAAAGAAUUCCGGCCGGAUCGGUGGGCGACUCGUCAGCCCGGGGAGGAAUUCAUGCCCUUUGGAACCGGCCCCCGCGGAUGUGUGGGCCGGCAGUGGGCGCUCACCGUUACCAGCUAUGUUACAGUUCGUCUGAUGCAGCUGUUUCCGAAGAUGGAGGGGCGGGAUUCGCAGCCAUGGCAGGAGGAAUUGUCGGCGAUGCUGAUGUCGAAAAAUGGGGCUAAGGUGGCGCUGUGGGCAGCUUGA